ACACACACACAUACUACUACAAUACGGCAAAUUUAUCCGUGGUGGUGCGGCGGUUUCGGCCCGCCGGAGGAGCAUACAAUCGAGAGUUCAGUUGGCGAUCGGCAGCGGCACGGGGUGGUUCGGCAGUUGUUGUUGUUUCGGUGACACGAGUGUGACGCGCUGUAUAGCGAUAUACGCGAUCGGCGCAGCAGCAGCAGCAGCAGCAAGUUCCGGGGCCAUGAGAUAAAAGAUUAGCAGCCCCCCCGAUCCGUGUGCUUUUUUCUCUUUUUUUUUUGGGGUUUUUUUCUGUUCUUUUUUGUUAAAUUUUUUUUUUUGUUGGAAUCUACUACUACUGAUAGAGAAGAGAGCUUUCGACUAGAUAUCGUCGCCGAAUUGCGAUAAAAGACAAUUCAAAGGCUUCUAAAAAGUAACAAAAAAUAGCAAAAUGGUUGAAAUCAGUCAUAAAGACACCACUGAAUUGGAUACUUUUCUCCCGCGAGACGGGUCCAAUCAGAGUCCCGGUAUUUUACCAAGCAAGUACAAAGUAACACCGAACGACGUGGAGUCGGCGAAGGACGAUGGAAAAUCCUUCGACCCGUUCACGGAGCGCCAAGUGGCCAAUCCAACGACAGAUUGCGAUACACUGACGCAUUUGCUGAAAGCCUCGCUGGGUACCGGCAUUCUGGCCAUGCCCUACGCCUUCAAGAGCUCGGGUCUCAUCGUAGGAAUCUUCGCCACGAUACUCGUGGCCUUUGUCUGCACCCACUGUGCCUAUAUUCUCGUAAAAUGCGCCCACGUGCUCUACUACAAGACCCGCAAGACGCAGAUGGGCUUCGCCGAGGUCGCCGAGGCGGCCUUCACGCAAGGCCCCAAGUGGGCGCGGCCCUUCGCCACCUGGUCGCGCUACCUCAUACAGAGCAGUCUGUUCGUCACGUACUUCGGCACCUGCAGCGUCUACGCGGUCAUCGUCGCCCGGAACUUUCAGCCGGUGUUGCUGCAUCGCUUCGGCACUGAAGUGGACGUGCGCGUCAUCAUCGCCACCCUCAUGAUACCGAUGAUUCUGCUGAGUUGGCUGCCCGAUCUCAAGUACCUCGCGCCCGUCUCGAUGGUGGCCAACGUCUUCAUGGGCACCGGCCUCGGCAUCACCUUCUACUAUCUCAUCAGGGACAUCAAGCCGAUCAGCAGUGUCGACCUGGUGGGUCCGCUCUCGGAGUUCCCGAAUUUCUUCAGCAUCACGAUCUUCGCCAUGGAGGCCAUCGGCGUCGUGAUGCCCCUGGAGAACAGCAUGAAGACGCCCAAGAACUUCAUCGGGAUCUUCGGUGUGCUCAAUAAGGGCAUGUUCGGUGUCACUUUCGUUUACAUUAUCCUUGGAUUCUUGGGAUACCUUAGUUAUGGGAGCAAUACUGAGGAAUCUAUUACCUUGAGUUUGAAUCCUCGGGAAUUACCUGCGCAAAUAGUGCUAGUUGUCAUUGGACUGGCAGUUUACUGCACUUUCGGUUUGCAGUUCUACGUGUGCCUCGACAUUGCCUGGGAUGGCAUUAAAGAUAAGUUCCAAAAGAAGCCACUUCUUGCCAAUUACGUUAUGAGAACUUUGUUGGUCAUUGGUGCAGUUCUACUCGCAAUAGCGGUGCCAAAGAUAGGUCCCUUCAUUGGGCUCAUCGGUGCAUUUUGUUUUUCAAUUCUGGGCCUGCUCUUCCCGGUGUUCAUCGAAACCGUCACAUUCUGGGAUAUUGGGUUCGGUAGAUUCCACUGGGUAGCUUUGAAAAACAUCGUCAUAUGCAUUAUAGGCCUGUUGGCUUUAGUAUUCGGCUCGAGAAGUGCACUUCUGGACAUUGCGAAAGACUUUGGUCCAAGUGCAGCAAAUGCUACUACUACUGCAUAAAACAAUUUUUUUACAUAUAUUUGUUUAUUUAUUGAAGUACUACAUUU